CUCAUUUCGUUCUCUUACCCGAAAACCCUAGACGAGUACUCUUCCUGCAUCAAUGGCCGCAGCCGCUCGUCCUCUCAUCACCGUCCAAUCUCUGGACGGUGACAUGAGCACCGAUCAAGCCACCACCGUUCCGUUGCCAGAUGUGAUGAAGGCACCGGUUCGUCCCGACAUCGUCAAUUUUGUUCAUGCCCAGAUCUCCAACAACAGUCGUCAGCCUUAUGCUGUCUCCAAGCGCGCUGGUCAUCAGACAUCCGCCGAGUCUUGGGGUACGGGACGUGCUGUAUCGCGUAUCCCUCGUGUUCCCGGUGGUGGAACUCACCGCGCCGGUCAGGGAGCCUUCGGGAACAUGUGCCGUGGUGGUCGGAUGUUUGCUCCAACGAAGAUCUGGCGCCGAUGGCACCGCCGCGUCAAUGUCAACAUGAAGCGGCACGCGAUCGUGUCGGCCAUCGCCGCCACGGCGGUUCCGUCGCUGGUGAUGGCUCGUGGUCACCGAAUCGAGAGUGUUCCGGAGAUGCCGCUUGUGGUGAGCGACUCAGCUGAAGCUGUAGAGAAGACCUCUGCUGCAAUUAAGGUUUUGAAGCAGAUUGGUGCUUACGCUGACGCUGAGAAGGCGAAGGACAGUGUUGGAAUCCGUCCUGGGAAAGGGAAGAUGAGGAACCGUCGAUACAUCUCUCGCAAGGGUCCUCUGAUCGUGUACGGAACUGAGGGUGCCAAGCUCGUGAAGGCCUUCAGGAACAUUCCAGGUGUUGAUGUCUGCAAUGUAGAGAGGCUGAACUUGCUCAAGCUCGCUCCUGGUGGUCACUUGGGUCGGUUCGUAGUGUGGACCAAGACUGCGUUCGAGAAGCUCGAGUCGAUCUAUGGCUCAUUUGAUAAGCCGUCAGAGAAGAAGAAGGGUUACGUUCUGCCGCGUCCGAAGAUGGUGAAUGCGGACCUUGCUAGGAUCAUCAACUCCGAUGAGGUUCAGAGCGUUGUGAAGCCGAUCAAAAAGGAGGCGAAGAGGGCUGUUCUGAAGAAGAACCCCCUGAAGAACCUUAACGUGAUGUUUAAGCUCAAUCCGUACGCCAAGACCGCCAGGAGGAUGUCUCUGUUGGCGGAAGCACAGAGGGUUAAGGCCAAGAAGGAAAAGCUCGAGAAGAAGAGGAAGCCCAUUUCUAAGGAGGAGGCAGCGAAAAUCAGGGCGGCGGGGAAGGCAUGGUACCAGACCAUGAUUUCCGACAGCGAUUACGCCGAGUUUGACAACUUCACCAAGUGGCUCGGUGUCAGUCAGUAGUUAUUUGCUUACUUUCUUUGUUCCAUACUUAGACUUCAAAAACAAAAAAAGAGAUUUUGCCCAUUUCAUCUUCUCGUCUCUUCUCUCUGCCAUUAUCAUUAGAGUAUGUCACUGUUUGAGUUUGCCGCGCAUCAGACACCUAUGGAGUUAUCGGAGAUUGGUUUGCAUUUCACUUUUCAA